UACAUUAAAGUCCCAUGUGGGUCUGAGCUCCAAUUAAUUUUUUAUUUUUUUAAAUGAAAACAUAAAAGAAUGCUGCGAAAAUCAAAGAAACAACCCCAGACUGUGGCCGAUAAGGUUAGCAAACUGCUGGCCCAUCCAAAUGAGAGCGACAGCGCUGAGGACUCGGACUUUGACGUGGCCACUGGGCCCAAGCUAGCCGAUUUCGAAGAGGGCGAAUAUGACUUGCCGGAUGCACGGAGCACCUCCUUCCGAAAGAGGAACGUGAAGCUAUUGUCCGAGGAGAGCAGUCGCUACAAGGGAAAGAUCAGUAGUCGUAAGGAGCUGGAAGAGGAGGAUGAAGACGAAGAGGAUUCUGAAGGCGAGGAGCAGAAUGAUAGUGAGGAGGAGGAGGAUGAGGAAGCGGAGGAUGAGUUACCCUAUGAGGAAAGCGAUGAUGAAGAGGAGGAUGAUAGUGCUAUGACUGCAUUUAUUAAGAAAAUAAAAGCAGGAAAAGACACAGCUCCAGCCGAGGAAGUAAAUGGAGACUCCGAAGACGAUAGUCUUCCUGAUCCUGACGAUGACUCCGAAGAGGACAAUUCCGAUGAAGAAGAUGGGGAAGAAAGCGACGAAGAGGACGACGACGAUGAUGAUGAUGAUGAUGAAGAUGAGGAUGGAGAAGAUGACACCAUCAAACCCUCAGAUGUCAUGUCCAAAACGAACCACGAGGCUGAAAUUAAAAAGGGGGUAUGUGUCCAAAACCAACUUCGCAUCUGGGAACGUCUUCUGGAGUUGCGGAUCAAUACCCAAAAGUUCACCAGCAAGGCUAACCAAUUGCCAGCACCAGAGACCCUGAAGAGUCUGGGUAAUGAAAACCCGGAACUUCAAACGGUUUUGGACGAGGCUCAGGAACGCUCCUCGAAACUGUUGCAGCAACUCCUGGCCCUCCAGUCGGCACUCCACCAACAAAACUCAGAGAUGAGAAAGUCGGUGAAACGUAAGCAACCCGACGAGAAUGAAAGUUCACCACCAAAGCGGUUCGGUAGUGUCUUGCAAAGCAACUUCCAGCAGAUGACUGGCUACCGAAACGAUGUCCUGCUCAAGUGGGAUGACCGUACCAAGCUCUUGACUCCGGGAGCGGGUGUGAAGCGGAAGUCCGUCCAGGAGGACUACGACAUCAUCAAGAAAAUCGACAGUGCCUUGGCCAACAGGGAAGUGCUGGUGGAAAAGUCACAGACCCCAAAGAACAAUCAGCCAGAGCAGCAGCUCCAGGAGAAUGCUCCACCGCAACGGCUGACCCACAUCUAUGACGAUACUGACUUCUAUCACCAGCAACUGCGAGAGCUGAUCGAGUACAAAGCCAGCACCGCGUCCAAUAUGAGCGAGAUCACGAAGCAGUUCGUGGAGCUGCAGAAGCUGCGUCAAAAGAUGAAGAAGAAGGUGGACACCAGGGCCAGCAAAGGUCGCAAACUUCGUUAUGUGGUGCACAAGAAGCUGGCUAACUUUAUGGCUCCAAAUGAAGCAAGUGACUGGACGGAUAGCGCCAAAUCCGAGUUGUAUAAAUCGCUAUUUGUUUAGAGAAAUACUUAAAAAUAU